AUGAAGGAGUAUCCUGAAGAAUAUCUAGGACAGCAUAUCUCAACAUUACCUACACCAUGUAUGGUCAUUGAUGAAAAGAAAUUCAACUCAAAUUGUGAGAAUAUGCUCAAACAUGUCGGCGAGUUAGGUUCUUUAACUGAACAUCCUAUAUUGUUUAGAGCUCAUGUAAAAACGCAUAAGACAACAGAAGGUACUCUGCGCCAAUUAGGAUUUGAAGGGACUUCAGCGCCAUUUAGAUCAAAGGCUAUCCUAGUUUCCACAAUUAAGGAAGCUGAAGGUUUACUAGAAUACCAGGAUUCUAUCAACGGGGUGUUUGUCGAUGACAUUGCUUUUAGUUUGCCUGCAUGUGUACCAGAAGUAUUGGAAAGACUAUCAUCGAUCUCUACAAGGGUAAGUAAUCUUAGGGUUUUUGUCGAUAAUAUCGAUCAUUUGGAAAAUCUGAAGCAAUUUGGUAGACCAAAAAGUGGCAAAAAAUGGUCAAUAUUUCUAAAGAUUGAUAUGGGAACAUCGAGAGCUGGAUUGGAAGUUAGAUCUGAAGAGUUCAAAGAGUUAGUUGAGAAAUUAUGUGAUGAGUCAGUGAAAGAAGUUACCCAAAUAUUCGGUUUGUAUGCCCAUGCUGGUCACAGCUAUAGCUCCCAUGACAUUAACGAAGCUAAUGGAUACUUGAUUGAUGAGAUCACAGCUGUUAAUGAAGCUGCCAAGCUAGUUGGUAGUGUCACAGAAAUCGAGCCUAGACUUUUAACAUUGUCCGUUGGGGCAACUCCAACAGCAAAUUCGUUGAGUACAAAGGAAAACAAAAAACUCAUUGAUAUUAUAAGAAAUGAUUUAGUUGCACCUUUAGAGAUUCAUUGUGGCAACUAUCCAUGUUAUGAUCUCCAACAAUAUAGCACAAAAUGUAUUAAAUUAAACAAAAUCUCUGCCUUCGUCUUAGCAUCGAUAGUUUCGAAGUAUGAGAAGAGAAACGAGGCAUUAAUAAAUGCAGGAGUAUUAGCAUUAGCUAGGGAGAACUCCUCUAUCCCAGGUAUGGGAUUGUGUAUCAACACGGACAAAUAUUUACAUGCUCCAAGAGAUUUCGAAGUGAGCUCCUUUGUGAACCGUGUUUCUCAGGAACAUGGUAUCUUACAGCCUUACAAUAGAGAUAAAUGCGAAGAUUGGAAACUAGGUGAGAAGUUACUAGUGAUUCCACAACAUGCUUGUAUAACGAUGGCUCAAUUUCCAUACUACUUUGUAUUCAAUGAUAGUGGUAAAGUAAUUGAUGUUUGGAAGCCGCAUCAAAAGUGGUAA